AUGGCGCCGUUGCUUCUACUCGUGGUCGUGGUUGUGAACGCGGCGUUCUCGGAGGCCGCAGGAGUGUCAGCAGCAGCGUCAGGGCGUGCGAGGGAAGCGGCAAUUCCAGUGUUCGCUACGGGCAGCGAGGGAGCCGCGAGGCGCGCGCGAGACGAGAUUGCUUUUACUGUGCAGACAGCAUGGCCAUCGAAACCGUUCGUGCUCUCCUCCAUGGCGCCGCUGCCGGAUGGCCGCCACGUGGCGGUCGCGGAUAGAGUCAACCACACUAUCCUCAAGAUUGAGCUGCCUCUCUCCGCCACGUCCGCCGUGUCUGUUCUGGCUGGGAAGAACGGCACGAAUGGCUUUCAUGACGGGCCGGGGGAGGAGGCGCUCUUUGACACGCCAACGCACCUGGCGGCCGACUGCCAGGGGAAUCUCUUUGUGGUGGACCGCAACAGCUACCUGCGAGUUAUCUCCCCACAGGGCGACGUCACCACCAUCCGCAGCAGCAGCAGCAAUGUGUCUCAUCUCGCCCCUCCGCAGCCGCCAUUCAUGCACUUGGACUCCAAACCGCACCACGCAGAUCCGGCAAAGCUGGGCUCUGGUGUGUCGGGCAUGUGGUAUAACGCCAGUAGCGGCGUGCUCUAUGUCGUGGACACUGGCAGGCAGAGGAUCGCUGCCUUCGCACCUGCACCUGCACCUGCUGCUGCUGCUGCUGGUGUAACCGGGAAUGCUGCCAGUUAUGUUGCUGUGACAAUGGAGGCUGCAGGGGGGGUUGGUGCUGCCAGCAGUGGAGUCUCGUUUGGCGGCGUUGCAGGGAUCCCUGGGUGCUUGUGCAAUGCCAAGAACAGCUCGGGAGGAGGAGGAGGGCAUGAUGCUCCGCCGUCCUCCCCAUGGCACGUAACGUGGCGAGACACGGAGGUGGCAGGGGGUGCGUUUGCGGCUGGUGUACUGUGUGCUCAUGGCAAGGCGGUUUUCACAGCAGCAGCUGCCGGCACGUCCCACCUGGGCUCCGCGCUGUCUCUUGUCAUCCAUCGCAUCGCAUCCACAGCGCUUGCAGUGCUGCUGCUGCUCUUCUCCCUCCCUAGUCGCUUCAUGCAGCAACCGCAGAGUACCGAAUCAUCUGCAGCAAGUCCUGAAGCCCCUGCUGCAGCAGAGGAGAACGAGGAGAGUGGGCUACUGAUUAGCUUCUCAGACGAAGAAGAGGAUGAUGAUGUGGGGGAUGGCCAGGCAGAGGAUUCUCCUUCCAUUGCCAGUCGAUAUUCUCAUCCUCCCCGCGCUCCAGCAGCCUCGGAUUUACCUGUUUCCUUUGGCACCUUGCAGCCGCAAAGCAGCGCAGAACUGCCUGCUACUAUCUCUGCCGCUGCUGCUGGUGAUUUCCCUGGUGCGAAUGGUGGCAGCAUUGAAUCCCCACCAAGGGCCAUGACAGGCAUAAAAUUCGAUCAUGCUGUUGCCUCAGGUGAUGCUGCUUCUGCUGCUGGAAGCACAGGUGGUGCGGCAUUAGGGAGCCAGGGGAAUAACACUGCUUCUUUGCCGUUUGCUGCUGAUCAAGCCCCCCCUGCUGUGGCCGGAGCUGCUCCUGCUGAUGCUUUUGGCAAGCUUGUGAAUGAGCAGGUGGUGCACACAUGGGUAAGGGAAAAAAGACAGUGA